UUAAUUAUUUAAGUACAGGAAAUUGUUCACAGCAAACUAAAUUUUAUUCCUCUCUUACAUAGAUAAUUCUAAAAUAUGUGUUUGUCUAUUUAAUACGAGCAGUGUCUCCCUUUAAUAAAUGACGAAAAUAUUUUAUAUACAUAUAAUCAAAUUGACCAUAAAACAUAUUAAUGUUAAAGAGCAUUAAAUUUCGUUAUUCACUUAUUCGACUCAUUUUGUUUUGGCGAGAUAAAAUUUUAUAAAUGCCAUACAUUAUAAUUCGUGGUAAUUUGGCCUCCUACAGUCAUAAGUAUCCGUGGCGUGUUCUGGUUUCCGGAUUAAAAGCGGAUGAAAUUGAGCGAUUAAAUAAAUUUUCAUGUGGCGGCUACAGUGAUGAAUCUACAAUAGUAUAUUUGGUGCAUCCUUGUAGAGUACUAUCAGCUCUUGAGAUUUUAGGUUUUCGUGUAGUAGCGUCGUCCUCGACAGCAGUUAAACAAGACUACAACGAGUACAUGUGGACGAUGCGAAAGGAAUUUACUGCCGCAGAACCCGUGGAAUCAGAAUCCGUUACACGUGAAAACCUAUCAAAUAUAGGUCGUGAAGCAGCUAGCUUGAGCAACUAUCACAUUGAUUCACCCGAAUAAAAACAAUUCAAAUUUGAAUAACGGAAAAUAAAUUUAACUGCGUUAAAUUUUAAAUAAUAAAUAAUA